GUCGCUGGAGGCUGAGGUGGCAGCUACUCCGGAAGCAUGGAGCUACCGCAGAUGCCGGAGCUCGUGGGCCUGUCGCUCUUGUUGGGGCUGCUGGCCCUGGUGGCGACGGCGGCGGUGGCGCGGGGGUGGCUGCGCACGGAGGACGAGGCGCGCGGCCGGCGCGCGGGCCAAAAAGGAAAUGGGUUUCCACCUGUUAAAUCCUUGGGAUCCAAGAAGCAGAAACUGCAUCAGCGGAUUCGCAGGGAGAAGCCCCAACAACACAGCUUCACCCACCGCCUCCUGGCUGCAGCGCUGAAGAGCCACAGUGGGAACAUAUCUUGCAUGGACUUUAGCAGCAAUGGCAAGUACCUGGCCACCUGUGCAGAUGAUCGCACUGUCCGCAUCUGGAGCACCAAGGACUUCCUGCAGCGUGAGCACCGCAGCAUGAGAGCUAAUGUGGAGCUGGACCAUGCCACCCUGGUGCGCUUCAGCCCUGACUGCAGAGCCUUCAUUGUCUGGCUGGCCAGUGGAGACACUCUCCGUGUCUUCAAGAUGAACAAGCGAGAGGAUGGGGGCUACACCUUCGCAGCCACUCCAGAGGACUUUCCUAAAAAGCACAAGGCGCCCAUCGUCAACAUUGGCAUUGCUGACACAGGGAAGUUCAUCAUGACUGCUUCCAGUGAUACGACUGUCCUCAUCUGGAAUCUGAAAGGCCGAGUGCUGUCUACCAUCAACACCAACCAGAUGAACAAUGCACAUGCUGCCAUAUCCCCAUGUAGCAGGUUUGUGGCCUCAUGUGGUUUUACCCCGGAUGUAAAAGUUUGGGAAGUCUGCUUUGGGAAAAAAGGGGACUUCCAGGAAGUCGUGCGGGCCUUUGAACUGAAGGGCCACUCUGCAGCUGUCCACUUCUUCGCUUUCUCCAAUGACUCCCGGAGGAUGGCCUCUGUCUCCAAGGAUGGUACAUGGAAACUGUGGGACACAGAUGUGGAAUACAAGAAGCAGCAGGACCCCUAUUUGCUGAGGACAGGCCGCUAUGAAGAGGCGGGCACCAUGCCAUGCCGCCUGGCCCUCUCCCCUGAUGCCCAGGUCUUGGCCUUGGCCAGUGGCAGCAGUAUUCAUCUCUACAAUACCCGGCGGGGUGAGGAGGAGGAGUGUUUUAAGCAGGUUCAUGGGGAGUGUAUCACUGACUUGUCCUUUGACAUCACCGGCCGGUUCCUGGCCUCCUGUGGGGACCGGGCAGUGCGACUGUUCCACAAUGCCCCUGGCCACCGGGCAGUAGUGGAGGAAAUGCAGGGCCUCCUAAAGCGGGCCUCUAAUGACAGUACCCGCCAGAGGCUGCAGCAGCAACUGGCCCAGGCCCAGGAUGCCCUGAAGUGCCUGGGUGCCUUGAAGAAGUGACUGGGAGAGUGUGGCCGGAAGGACCUGGCCUUCUGCUGCUGUCACUUUUCUGCCCAGGUACUCUCCAGCUGGAAGCCUUUUGAAAGGAAUAUUUUGAUUUUCCAAUUGCUGGCCCCUCUCCUUUUUUCCAAUGAAACUGUUCUUGCCUAUUUAGAUCUCUCUUCUUGCUGGUUGUGAUUCCAGGUCUUUCUUGACUUCUCAGGAUAAUGACCAAGGUGCUUCCCUUUCUCCUGGGCCCAAGGGCAUGGAGGAGAGUGGUACAUGGAAUUGAGAGCGAGAACAAUGUGGUCCUUAACCUUGUAUCAACACACCCUGGUACCCAAAAAAGUUUGUAAUUGUGGAGGCAAAAUUUAGGGAACACCUGAAUAUUAACCAGCAAUUUUGCAGGGAUGGGAGAUUGGAUUGUUUUCCAGUUAUAAAACUAUCAUAUGGGGUUAGGGAAAGGCUGAUUUUUUUAUCUAGUCAAGGCACCUAACUCCAUCAAAAAAUAAUGAGAUUUUAUUCUGUGCCUCAGUUUUUUAAUUUGUAAAAUGGAAAGUAAUUGUUUCCUGUGACAGCUUUGCAAAGAUGUCAGGGUAUGAAGGUAUAAAAUACCCUGGAUUUGGAAGAAAGGUGGAAAAGAAUAGUAACAUGUUACCUGUUAUCCAGUAUCAUUUUUUAGCUGCCUGAUAAAAGUGGAAAUCAAACAGUGGUUUGGAACCAAAUUAGAAAGAAAGAAACACAUCCUUUGGGAAGGCAGGGUUUCUGGGACUUGAUCAUACAUUUUGAACCUGGUUCUGCAUUAAGUUGUAUGGAGAAAUCAUAGAACCCCAAGAUGGAACUCUUCUAGGAAGUUGCAUCCAGUUUGAGGAAACCUCUUUUCAGUUUAUCAGAUGCUCGAGUGGCCACUCUGUGCCCAGCACCAUGCUAGGCACUGGAGAUAAACAUCAGUAAGGAAUAGUCUUUGCCAUUAAGGAUAGUUUGUGUGGGAGAGAGAUGGAGGCACGUUCUGUUCUAUUAAGUGCUAUUUGUUAGUUAAUUCAUAGCUGUAGAAGACUAUUAUAAAAGGACAGGGGCCAUGGGUAUGGAGUUCAAAUCAAAAAACCAAACCAAUUACCAUCAAGCUGAUUCUGACUCAUAGUGACCCUAUGGAACAGUAAAACUGCCCCCAUAGAGUUUCCAAGGAGCAUCUGGUGGAUUCAAACUGCCAACCUUUUGCUUAGCAGCCAUAGCACUUAACCACUACUCCAGCAGGGUUUCCAUGAAGUUCAAGGAAUAGAUUUGAUAAGGUUUCGUUAUUUAGAAGUUUAAUUUUUUUUUUUUUUUGAGGGCUGCUGAAAUGAAGGAGGUAAGGGAAAGGAGAAAUCUAGAAAGACCGAGUCUAGGCAAAAUUUAGUCAUCCAAAAUCAAAUUCUUGGUCUUUCUCCCUAAAACUGGUCUUCCUUAACUCUGUAAAUGUUUAAACAAGCCAAAACCUUGAGAUUACCCUAGAUUUCUCCCUUAUUAUUACUCUCUCUACCCUUCUCCUCGUCUCUGCUACUGUCCACUCCAUCCGAAAAUUCUUUUGGUUAUACUCCAAAUUCUGUCUUGAGUCUGCUACUUUCUCCGUCUUUUCUGUUACCACUUUAGUCCUACCCACUAGAAUAUAGCUUCCUGAUGGCACUUUGCCUCCUUUCUUGCUCAUUAAAUCACUGUUCCACACAGCAGAGUAAUCUCUUGAAAAUGUAAUCCAGGUCACGUUAUUCCCUAGUUUAAAACACUCCAGAGACUUUCCAUCACACUUGGAAUAAGAUCCAAAAUUCUCACCAUGGCCUACAAAGCCCUGUGUAAUCUGGCUCCUUCCUUCUCGUGUGAUCUUUAUACCACUGUCCCAACCACCUCAACCUUGUCAGUCCUUGAGCAAAUCAAGCCAAGUUCUUUCCAGCCUCAGGUGGGGCUUGCGCCUUUGCUGCCCCCUCACUUGGAAGCAUUUUCCUUUUCUGUUGACAGCCUCAUUGUGCUUGUCAUAAUUAAGUUUUCAGCUUAAAUAACGCUUCAGAGAGACCCUUCUUGGCCACCCAGUCUGAAGUAGCCCAUUCCGCCAGUCAUCACGUCAUAACAGUAGCGUGUUUUAUUUAUCUUGUAUUAUUUAAUGCUACCUUGUUUGGGUAUUUGUUUGCGUCAGGGGGUUUAUCUUAAAUGCUUAUGGAGGCAAACUGGGUGACAUAAAUGCAUGAAUCGGGCCAGUCAUCUGGGUGUUAGACAUUAGGAAACGGUGGGAACUUGCAGUGAUGUGCAGGUCAUGGGUCCUGGAAAAGGGGCAGGAAUGGCAGCUACUUAUUCAAGAAUCCAGCCAAAUUUGCCUAUUUCAGAGAAGUUAGAAGUUUGCAACGUAUUUUUAAAAAUUUAAGCACAGUUUGGACCAAACGAAACACUAAUGUGGGCCGGACACAGCCCACCAGUGUCUUAGCGGUAGCUUCUGGAUUGUUCAUUAACCCCCUGGAAUGUGAGCUCCACAGGGGCAGAAUCCUCGCCUGUCUUACUUGCUCUGUACCCCAAGCUUAGUGCCUGGGAAGGAGUAAGCCCUCAAUAAACGUUGAACUCAAACCAGGGGCAGUGGUCAGAAACUCCAGUAUCCUCUGUGUGUGUCCUUCCACGACCAGCCUCCACUGCGGUUGUAUGUUCCUGUUGAGAUUUCUGACUGAUUAUGCCAUACACAUGGGUCCUGGUGAACAUUUGCUCCCCGAUUAUCAGAACGGUGAGACAGAAACACUUCACCUUUACGUAUCUGCUUGGAGAAGAAGUUUUGGCGUUCUGCCUUUGUGUAUCCAGUACAGGAAGUGACCAUAGAGUGGUGAGUAGCUGAAGUCAGAAGUCUUAGGUUCCAGUUUCAGCUGGGUCACUUAAUGACUUGAAACCUUGAGCAGGUAGAUCACUUGACCUCUCAAGUUUGUUUCCUAAUCUGUAAGACAGGAGUACCCCCAUCCUGUGUGCCUUGCAGGAUUGUGAGUGUCUAAUGAGAUGAGUGAAAGCACUGUAAAAAAGUCAUUACAGAGACUUCCUGAGGAAAGAAAGCUCUCACUAAAAGUGAGGUUGCUUCCCUUGUGACCCUAGAGAAGGUGCCUGGAUAUUAGCUCAGAGCAGAAGUCGCCAAGUUUUUUUGAUCCACAAUCCUUGUGUGUCCAGGCAACUUUAAUAUUUUAAUACUACUAUUUCAACUUCUGUAAGUUUGAAAUUUCUCAAAAUAAAUUGUGGAAAUGUUAAAAAUGGUUAUACGUAGCCUAUUUUGGGGGAAACCCUGGUGGCGUUAGUGGUUAAGUGCUAUGGCUGCUAACCAAGAGGUCGACAGUUUGAAUCCGCCAGGCGCUCCUUGGAAACUCUAUCGGGCAGUUCUGCUCUGUCCUAUAGGGUCGCUAUGAGUCGGAAUCGACUCGACGGCAGUGGGUUUGGCUUUUUUGGUUUUAGCCUAUUUUUAUCAGUCAUCAAAAGUAGAAAAAAAAAUGUAACUAUGUAAGUGCACAGAAAAAGGCCUAUUGAGAGUCUAGGUCAAAUUCUGUCAAGGUCAAUAAGAAUACUCAUUUUAAGGGUUAUCCUGUAAUUGGAGACUGUAGAAGGUAAGUAGGAAGCACACAUUCUGGUGAGUUCCCAGUAAUGGUAGGUUCUUCCAUACAAUGCUAGAUAGACCCAGCGUUGCCUCAGGUUGGCCACAUACAUGUCCGUGAACUUGAUGGCUUUUAGAUUCAGGUACCGCUCUGCAGAAUUCCAGAAACAUGGGUCUUCUUGGUGAACGUGGCUUGGUUUCACCUCUUGAGGCUGAAGGCCACCAGUGGGGCAGAGGUUGGCAUUGUAGAAUCAACCACAGUAACUAAAAGCAUGAUUCAUACACAUCAAAACCUUUGUAUUCUGAGGUAGUAACUUCAUUCCAAAGUCUUCAUAUCGAGUUUCAAAGUCUGAUUGCAAAGAGUUUAGGGCAGUUUAGUAUUAGAAAAUGAGUGCAGCCUCCACUUGUUUUCUAUUCAGUGUGCAUAGCCAGUUUGAGGCCAUGUGUGUUUUCUUGCUAACAUUAUUAGUGGCUGACAUUGAGUGCUAAGCAUUUAAUCCCUACAACCUCAUUGUUUUUGCCUCAUCCAUCUCCCUAUAACCACGUCUUCAUUUUUAUUUGCUGAACUGUCUCUUCCCCCACGUUUAAUACAUAUGAUUUACAGGGAGAUAGACCCAGACCCUCCAUGCUGGGCAUAUAACCAAUCAGCAAAUUUCUGGACUUUUCUGGAACUCUAGAAAGGUGAAGAUGUUUUUAAUUUUCCUGCUGGAAUUGCUAAGGAAGAAGGAUAUAGGCUUGUUAGCAUGUGUAGGCUGCCUGAGAAUGAAGCCACCAUAGGAACGCAGAGCUGAGAGAUGCAAGGACCAUGUGCUGCUGCUGGUGUGCAGACAGCUGUGUCCCUGUGCCUGACGUGGCCACCAGUGGGCUGCCUGAGUUCUGGUGUGCAGACAGCUGUGUCCCUGUGCCUGACGUGGCCACCAGUGGGCUGCCUCAGCUCUGGUGUUCAGAUAAGCUGUGUCCAUGUGCCAGACGUGGCCACCAGUGGGCUGCCUCAGUUCCAACAACCAGAACAUUUCUGUUCAUGAUAAAGUCAUUCGAGCUGGGAUACUAUUACUUGCAGCUGAAAGCUUUAACUUAACAGCAGUAUUAUUAGGUUAGAGAGUCCAAGCAAAUUGCCCAAAGGCACACAGCCAAUAACGGGCAGGCCCAGAUUUUUUAAAAUCAGAUCUGUCUGUUACUAAAGUAGGGUGCCUGUGUGGCAUAAAGAGUUUAUCAGAUACUAACUGAAAGGUUGGCAGUUCAAAUCCACAUAGAGGCACUUUGAAGAAAAGGCUUGGCAGUCUAAAAGAUCACAUGCAUUGAAAACCCUAUGGAGCACAGUUCUGCUCUGAAACUCAUAGGGUCUCCAUGAGCCAGAAUCUACUGGCCAGCAACUGUUUUUUGUUUGGUACUAAAAGUACAUGCCUUUAACCACCAGGCCCACCCCCAACAUAUUAAGGCCAGAGCAUAAAUUCAAAGGGAAGCCCAUAUGCCAUAUCUCAAUAUUUAAAAAUUAUAAAUCAAAUAUGUUCUACCUUGAUUAUAUAACAUCUUGGAAACCCAAGUUAGAAUUUAGAAUCCUCAGAUUCAGAGCUCCAAGCUAGAAUGUGCUAACAAGGUAAGCCUUUCUUCCAUUGCCUCUGUCCUCCAUGUUUCUAAGCCUUUUGUGAUCCUGGGUCCACAGCCAAAGUGAACUCUGUGAUUGCUGCUCCCCAAGUUUCACUGAGACUGUUCACUCACUAAGAGUGGCAGAACUGCCAGAGACUUGCCCACAGUGGCAGAGAUUGCUAGUGCUCACCAACAUGCACGCUUCUCUUUUUCCUGGGCACAAGGCUAGACUACAUUUCCCAGUCUCCUUUGCAAUUAGGUGAGGCCAUGUGAUGAAUUCUGGCCAAUGGAACAUGUGCGAAGGUGACCUGUUUAGUGAGGACUGCCUGUGAAAACACCUCUGUGGUUCUCCAUGCUCUUCAGUCGGGAACAGAAGAUCCAAUGAAUGGAGUUUGCUAAGUCUCUAGGUGGCUGAGCCAGUAGAUGGAGGGAACCUGGACCCCUGAAUGAUUCUGUAGAGCAGGCCCUCGCCCACCCCAGCAUUGUAUGGUAACAGUGAGCAAGAAAUAAAUCUGAAUUGUGUUAAGCCAUGGGACAUGGGUAGGGGUUGUUACAGCAGUUAGUCCACACUUAGUACAGGACAUUGGUUCACUUGGCCCUGGGCUUGGAGGCACUGAAACUAGUGUGGCAGCCAUCUUUCUGUAAAUCUGACCCACUAGACCCCAAAAACCUUAUUUCCACUCCCACUCCAGUUGUGGUGGUGUUACACAUUCUUUUCCAAUUCAAGGAAGGGUAUCCUUGCUGGUUUUACAGGCAGCUGAGUAGGGAAAUGAAUCUGGAGUCAGAAGUCUUAGGUUCUAUGCUGCCUCUGCCUCACACAGGUUAUAUGCCACUCUGAAAUUCUGUCUCACACGGCUGUGUCAGCAUUUUCUUUUUGUUGUUAUUGGGAAUAAAAAAACCCAUUGCUAUCAAGCCGAUUCUGACUCAUAGCAACCCUACAGGACGGAGAAUCGCCCCAUAGAGUUUUCAGGGAGCACCUGGUGGAUUCGAACUGCCGAGCUUUUGGUUAGCAGCUGUAGUACUUAACCACUAUGACACCAGGGUUUCCAGUUGUUGAGAAUAUACACAGCAAAACAUACACCAAUUCAACAGUUUCUACAUGUACAGUCUAGUGACAUAGAUUACAUUAUUCGAGUUGUACAGCCAUUCUCACCCUCCUUUUCUGAGUUCCUGAUUAACAUAAACUCACUGCCCCCUAAGGUUCCUAUCUAAUCUUUCAAGUUGCUGUGUCAAUUUGAUCCCAUAUAGAUAGUUCUUAAAAGAGUGAAAUGCUCAGGGCAAACCUUUUUUACUAGUUAAGCUAAACUGUUGUUCACUUUUAAGAUGACUUCAGGGGGUAUUUUUGGUUUAAGGCUUACAGAUUAUCUCAGGGCAAUAGUUUCAGGGGUUCACAUACCCUCCAUGGCUCCAGAAAGUCUAGGGUCUAUGAGAAUUUGAAAUUCUAGUCUGCGUUUUCUCCCUUUUGAUCAGAACUCUUCUGUGGAACCUUUGAUCAAAAUGUUCAGUAGUGGUAGCCAGGCAUCAUCAGUUUUUCUGAUCUCAUAGCAAAGAGGCAGUUGUUCAUAGAGGCAAUUAGGCACGCAUUCUGUAUCCUCCUCCUAUUCCUGACUCUCCUUCCUUUGUUGCUCCAAGUGAAUAGGGACCAAUUGUUAAGCCUUGGAUGGCCUCUUGCAAGCUUUUAAGACCCCAGGCACUAGCAACGACUUAGGUAGAAUAGCACUAAACAUGGUAUUAGGACAGUGAACUGGGAUGUCCCAUGAAAACAUGACCCUAAACCUCCAAACCAAGGCACCAGAUCCCAUGAGGUGUUUGAUCAUAAUCAGCAGCAGCAAUAUUCCUUUUUGUUGUUGUAAAUGUAUCCAUCACACGACUUCUGCCAAUUCAACUAGUUGCAGGUGUACAACGUAUUGAUAGCAAUUACAAUAAUUGGCUGUGCAAACGUGCCCAUAAUCAAUGCAAUUUUUCGAUCACCGAUAUGAUGGUUAAGGUUGUGUGUCAACUUGGCAGUUAUAUGAUGAUGUAAUGACCUCCACGAUGAGAUCUGCUGUGAGAAGUCAAUCAACUGAGAGGGAGUUUUCUUGGAGGUGUGGCCUACAUCCAAUAUAUAUGGACUUUCUGGCAAAACUAGCUGGCUUUUGUUCUGGAUCCUGCAAUUGGCUUGUUGUAUCUGACCUCCGGUUCUUGGGGCUUGAGCCAGCAGCCUGGCAUCUAACCUAAUGACCUGGGUUCCUCAUCUCCUGCAGCUGUGAGUCAGGAGAAGCCUCCAGCCUGAUGCCUGACCCAUUACCUUGAGAUUCUGCAGCCUCUACAACAAGAUGAUAUGAUCUUAUACACAGAAAACCCCAAGGAAUCCACAAGAAAACUACUUGAACUGAUAGAAGAUUUCAGCAAAGUAUUAGGAUACAAGAUAAACAUACAAAAAUCAGUUGGAUUCCUCUACACCAACAAAGAGAACUUCGGAGAGGAAAUCACCAAAUCAAUGCCAUUUACAGUAGCCCCCAAGAUAAAAUACUUAGGAAUAAAUCUAGCCAGAGAUGUAAAAGACCUAUACAAAGAAAACUACAAGACACUACUGCAAGAAACCAAAAGAGACCUACAUAAGUGGAAAAACAUACAUUGCUCAUGGAUAGGAAGACUCAACGUUGUGAAAAGUUCUGUUCUACCCAAAGCAAUCUAUAGAUACAAUGCAAUCCCAAUUCAAAUUCCAAUGGCAUUUUUUUAAUGCAAUGGAGAAACAAAUCACCAACUUCUUAUGGAAAGGGAAGAGGCCCCAGAUACGGAAAGCAUUACUGAAGAAGAAGAACAAAGUGGGAGGCCUCACACUACAUAAUUUUAGAACCUAUUAUACUGCCACAGUAGUCGAAACAGCCCUGGUACUGGUACAACAGAUACAUAGACCAAUGGAGCAGAAUUGAGAAUCCAGAUGUAAAUUCAUCCCCCUAUGAGCAGCUAAUAUUUGAGAAAGGCCCAAAUUCCUUUAAUUGGGGAAAAGACAGUCUCUUUAACAAAUGGUGCUGGCAUAACUGGAUAUCCACCUGCAAAAAAAAAAAAAAAAAAAACAAGACCCAUAC